UAAGAUUUAUUUCUUUGGACUUGGUAAAAUGCCAACAUUGAUCAGAUCAUUCCAUGAAGAGUAAAAUGUUUACCCUUUUGUUUUAUACUGACUAAUAUUAUGAUGAAAUUAGACUUACAGUAUCUGUUCUUAAACAAAUUUGGUCCAAAUAGUUGUCAAAACUCAACACUGUGUGAUAUCAGAUAAAAUAUGCAUUUUCAUGUACAUAAAGUUGUAAAGAUAUUAACAUACUUUUCAGACAAAGACAGUUAGCAGUGAGCAACAUUCAUAUGCUAAAUAGAAAACAAGGCAUGCAGUGCAGCUCUCCAAAAAAUUGGACUGUCCUGCUUCUAUCAUUCUGAAGGAAGUGUUGAUAUUUACCCCUGAAGAGGGUUCAUCAAGCGAGCUGGACAAAAAAUGGCUGCUUCUAAUGUGAGGAGUGAUCUGAGUAAAGGCAUCAAGAAGAUAAUGGUGGUGUUUCCUAACAUCGAACACAAGUACCAUACAAGUGGAGAGAACGCUGGGCCGUUGCAACGUAUCGACAGUGAUGUUGCCUCAAAAAUUAAAGAACUUGUGGUGGAAGAGGGCGUUGCAAAUGUUGAAGAAAUGCAACGCCAUCUGACCUCAUUUGUUAUGAAGAAUGUAACACCUGCUCCAUCAAGAACUAAAAGGAGAUUUGCCCCUACAAAAAAAGUGAUCAGAUAUGACAUGAAUAAGGCAGCAAAGAAGGGUUGUGAUAGCAAUGAUGACCAACACAACUUAGUUCAGCCUGUGAGUGUGCUUAGUGUGUAA